CCGCAGUGACACUAAUGAGCGAGUUCUUCCCACAGGUCUCCUGCCUGGAAGUGCUGACAGAUCAAGGCAACAAAUUUCAAUUACAAGCCCUAAUUUGUGUCCGCAGAGCGUUUGUUACCCAUGUCAGCCCUGCCUGGCCCAUCAGACGGGGCAGAACGUGGAGGAGGAGGAGGAGGAGGAGGAGGAGGGGGAGAGAAGGAACUCAUCUGCAGAAAGGAAUAGAAUUUUUUUCCACUUAAAAAAAACCCAAAACAAUCCCCCCCCCCAAAAAAAAAAAAAAAAAAAAAAACUUGGCUGAUAACUCGGAUUUAAAAAGAAAGGCGAGGAAAAGCCCCAGCCCCUUGCCUGCGCGGUCGGGCGGACGGGAGGGCGGCCGGCGCGGCGGGCCGGGCGCGGGUGCCGGUGCCGGCGGCCGCUGGGCGCCUGGAUGCGCGGGCUCUAGGGUGGCGGGCAUGGCCGACAAGCGGCGGUCCUCGCCAGGCACCACCAUGAGCCUCAAGGCUCACGCCUUCUCCGUGGAGGCUCUCAUCGGAGCCGAGAAGCAGCAGCAGCAGCAGCAGCCGCCGCGGCAGCCCAAGCGGAGGAAGCUGGGCGGCGAGGACGAGGCGGCGGAGGACGAAGGCGGCAGCGGCUGCUGCGCCAAGAGCUCUCCCGCCGCCGCCGCUGCCGGCAGGACCUGCGGCGACAUGGACCUGGGCUGCGCCGCUCGCGCCCCCGCCGGCGGCUGCGAGGAGGGCUUCCUGGCGGGCUCCCCGCCCGCCUCCCCCGGCGGCUCCCCCAAGAGCUCUCGGCCCGGCUCGCCGCUGCCCACGCCGCAGGCGCCGCGGGUGGAUCUGCAGGGCGCCGAGCUCUGGAAGCGCUUCCACGAGAUCGGCACCGAGAUGAUCAUCACCAAGGCGGGAAGGCGGAUGUUUCCUGCAAUGAGAGUGAAGAUCUCAGGUUUAGACCCACAUCAGCAGUAUUACAUUGCUAUGGAUAUUGUGCCAGUGGAUAACAAAAGAUACAGGUAUGUUUAUCAUAGUUCCAAGUGGAUGGUGGCUGGUAAUGCUGACUCCCCGGUGCCGCCUCGUGUUUAUAUUCACCCUGAUUCACCCGCCUCGGGGGAGACGUGGAUGAGACAAGUGAUCAGCUUUGACAAACUGAAGCUUACCAAUAACGAGCUGGAUGAUCAAGGGCAUAUUAUCCUUCACUCUAUGCAUAAAUAUCAGCCUCGUGUCCACGUCAUCCGAAAAGACUGUGGCGAUGAUCUGUCCCCUGUCAAGCCCAUCCCCUCGGGAGAGGGGGUGAAAGCCUUCUCCUUCCCUGAGACGGUCUUCACCACUGUCACAGCAUACCAAAAUCAGCAGAUAACUCGUCUGAAGAUUGAUAGGAAUCCAUUCGCCAAAGGCUUUAGAGAUUCGGGCCGUAACAGAAUGGGACUGGAAGCUCUGGUAGAGUCUUAUGCCUUCUGGAGACCUUCUCUGAGGACACUUACAUUUGAAGACAUACCUGGGAUACCCAAGCAAGGAAAUGCAGGUUCCUCUACUUUACUCCAGGGAUCUGGCAGUGGAGUGCCAUCUACCCACCCUCACCUUUUACCGGGCUCCCCUUGCUCUUCUCCAGCCUUCCACCUCAGCCCCAACACCAGCCAGCUGUGCACCCUUGCUCCAGCUGACUACACGGCCUGUGCCCGCUCAGGCCUGGCGCUGAACAGAUACAGCACUUCCUUGGCCGAGACCUACAACCGGCUCACCAACCAGGGCGGCGAGACCUUCGCUCCCCCAAGGACUCCCUCCUACGUCGGCGUCUCGAGUAGCGCAACUGUGAAUAUGUCCAUGAGUGGCAACGAUGGGGAUGCCUUCAGCUGCCCGCAGACUGGCUUAUCCAUGCAGAUUUCAGGGAUGUCUCCUCAGCUCCAGUACAUCAUGCCUUCCCCAUCCAGCAAUGCCUUUACCGCUAACCAGACCCACCAAGGCUCCUACAACACGUUUAGACUGCACAGUCCCUGUGCGCUCUAUGGAUAUAACUUUUCCACAUCCCCUAAACUGGCUGCCAGUCCUGAGAAAAUCGUUUCUUCCCAAGGAAGUUUCUUGGGGUCCUCGCCAAGUGGAACCAUGACGGAUCGGCAGAUGUUGCCCCCCGUGGAAGGAGUGCACUUACUUAGCAGUGGGGGGCAGCAGAAUUUCUUUGACUCUAGGACCCUAGGAAGCUUGACACUCUCGUCUUCUCAAGUGUCUGCACAUAUGGUUUGAUGAAGCCUUUAAGUAAAAGUACAGUAUGUUUGGUGUCUACAAUGUAUUUCUUUUGGAAUAUGAAAGGACACUCGAUGUAGCUUGUAAAGUGUGUGUGUAUAUAUAUAAUAUGAGAGGAAGUUUCACUGAAAUUUUGACUUGCUUGUGGCCAGAUUAUUCUCCUAUUUUGAGUUACACAGAGUUUGCUGCGGUGCAGACUGCUUCAGUUUUCUGGUAUAAUACACGUAGUUGUAUAACACAUUGGGACAUAUGCAACAAAUUAAGUAAGACUUCCUCCCCUUUCCCCCUCCUCUGUUCUAACCCCUUUAAAGAAUGAAGUGACACUUGGAGUAUUAAACAACACAAAAAAAGCCCACUUAUAUUUCCUAUAGUACUAGUGAGUUUCUUUAAAACAUUCAUACAAUAAGCUGAUGCACCAAAGACAUUUUACAAGUUUCUUCUGUUAUAAGGGAUACAAAGGGUAUUUGGACCUCUCAGUGUUAAGCAUCAAGCAUCCAGCCUAAAAUAGAAGUUUAGCUAAUGGAUUAUUUACAAAGUAAACAGAAAGAUUAGUUUGCCUUCUCAUGAUAUGCUGGUUUUAGCUUAUCAAUGGCACGGCAUUCUCACUAGAAUUUGUUUUUUUCAGCAUUAGUCUAGAUUUAUGAUUAUAUAUUUGAAGACAAAUGAUGCAUAUUCAAAUUGUGGUGAUAGGAAUUAUUCAAAUCAACAGCACUAGAAGCAGCAUUCCUUUGUAUGAAAUGAAUGUUGUGGUGCCUAAUUUUUGUCAAAGGUAGGGCUUGAUUCAUUUUUUCCUCCAUAAAUAUUGCCUAUAGGACAUUUACUGGACACUAGGAUAUUCUAAUGUAUCUUUGUUUUUGUAUUUUUACUUUUUUAAAGGAAAAUUCAGUUUGAUUUAGGGAAAAAAAAAGUGAGCAGGAUGAGAAAUUCCGUUAUUGGUUUUACCUGUUUUGUGUGUGUGACAUGUUUUGGGUUUGGUUUUUUUCUUUUGUGUUUGCUUGGUUGUUUUUCUUUUUUUUUAAUAAGGGCAAAAGGUCCUGCAUCCUCAGUGUUACAAAAAUGACCCAGUUUGCCCAAAAGUGUUUCUGGAAGCAGAACGUUGUCAUAGCUGCCUUCCUGUUGCUCUGGUUUUGUCCUGGAAUAGGAGAAGUUUCCUUCAUUCCCCCCUCUGGUUUCUAAAUGGCACUUGUAAGAAUGUAGAUCACCAUCUGCUCCUGACCAGACUGCUCCAGAGUCACAAGGACACAGGGAGACACCAUGGUGAAAUUUCUGCCCUCAUCUGCACCUGCACAGCCCAGGUGUGUAUCAGUCCUUUUGCAACAGCUGCCUCUCAGCUGCCAGUCUGUCAGAGCUGAGCCACAGGGGUUGUGAAACAAAUUUUAGUUCUUGAGAGAGCAGGUCAUCUUCAACAGCAUGCUAAUCCUAAUUUAUAUUGUGCAGGUGAUGUAAAGGCAUUCUAAGGUGGGUACAGAUGUGCUUGAAAAUGCUUCCCCAGUCAGCACUGAAGGAGAUUAAGGUCUUUCAGGUUUAUGUUUGUUGGAUUUUUUUUGGUGAAGGUGAAUUUUCAUGUGUCUCAAGUGUUCUUAUACCUUUUCAGACAAAUAGUGGGCUUUCCCACUCUCACUUCAGAAAAGACUCAUUUCAGCUAAUAUUUCUUCAGUGGGGUGGAAAUAAUACAUGCAGAAACAGCCCUCUUGCUACCUCCUCUUAUCUGGGAAUAGAACAGCAAUCUUUAAGCCUGUGCCUGAAGAAUGCUUUACUUCUAUUGGUUUUGUAUUUGUUUCUGUUAAAGUUACGUAUAAAGUUCUCUUUCAACGUUAGAAAGAGAAGACGAUGCAAUUGAGGUGAUGUGGGCUUGCUUUGCUGUCUUAAACUUUCUAAGUGACCUUUCUGAGUAAAUCUUAGUUCACUCAGUCUCUAUCAGAUAUUUUUCUUCUGAAAAAUGUGAUAAUAGCACUUCUCUUCCUCUGAGGAAGGGGUGACAGUACAUUGAAGAUGCAGAUCAUCUUUACAUUUGCUGUGCUGUGGACAGUAUGUUGCAGAUGAACGGCGGGGUGGUGUUCAUAUUUGAGGAUAACAAAGUAAAUUCGUGUACUUCAGCUCUGUUGCUGGUCUUGGCCGUGCAGUGUCCUUUCAGGCAAACUUCCUAGAAGAGACCUGCAAUGCUAAAAAUGCUAUUCAAACUCAUGCUAUUGGUUUGGGAAAUGGUUCUAAGGUGUAUAGAAGAUAGGAAAAUUUUCAGCUAUGCAAAUUGUUAUAGCUCUAUUGGUUUAAAUGAAGAAGUAACUUGGGUAUAGUUAUUCCUGCUCUGGGCAAAACUUUGAAAUUUUGCAGUUGGAAAAAUACUUAAGUGGAAAUGGUACAAUUAAUCCAUACUUGAAAAAGCAUAAGUAGCCAUAAUAACUUAAGAGCUGUGACUAGGUAGAAAUGUGGAAGAGCUAAAUCAUGCAUGUUCUUAUAAGGAGAGGGAAAAAAAAAGGGUUGUGCAUGGAUGUUCAUGGUGGUGCUCCUGUCAAGACUAUGUACUUUAUUGUCUGGGACUUUUUUAGAACUGGUCUCUUAUUUUUCCUCAAAUUACUCUUAUCAUAUAACCACACAAUAUUGUUUUAUUGUUCCUUAAAAUUUGAAUAAUAUUGUAAAUACUGGUUUGUCAUUGUGAAAAGACUAGCUUUUUAUCAAUACAGUAAAUGCUAUAUAUGCAUUAUAUCUAUAAUUAUAUAUCUGUAUUUUACAAAAAUGCCACAGAAAAUAUAUUAAAGUGUGUAUUCAAACACUUUUUACUACAUUUGGAAAACUGAGAGGCUUGAGCCUAUUUUUUUCACUAGAGUUUCAGCAAGAGCAAAGGCAGUGACUCAAAGGUAAGCUCUAAAUUUCAGAGACUUAAUACAGCAAGCUCCAACAAGCCCACAGUUCUUCAACCACCUACAGCUGAACCUCUCUUUAUAUUUCUAUGCAAAGAAUCGUCCCAACAAAUGCUGUGUAUAAGGAGAUAGUGGGCUGAAAGCAGACCUGUGAGGUUUUUCGUGGGGAAAAGGGACUGAGCUGCUUACCAGGGUCUUUAGCCAGUGACGGAACUUUGGUACUUCUCGUAGCCCAUGUCAUCCCAGCUGCCAAACCAGUUCAGCUGCCCUGUAUCAACUGGAUCUGAGAAGUUAGCACUUCCAUGUGACCAAUUUCUUGAGCUGGAGCUUGGUACUCUGUGCUUUUUCUCUCUCUGUAUUUCUUUGGUAAUUGCCCUUUGGUUCUGCUCGUUCUAAAUGCAAAAAGCCAUUGAUUUUGAAGGCAGAAUUUAUGACCAAUAAUCAUCUGGGUAUACUGUUACUCAGCAAUGAGCAGUAUUUCUCCCUCCAGGAAUACUGUUAGGCAUAGUGGCCUUAUUUCCUAUUGUACUGCAAUAAACGAUUCCAUGUGACGUAGGGCACAGGGCCUGAAAAUCUGAUUACUUCAGAGACUGGGGUUUCAUAGUCACUUAACACCAGCAUUGUUGCAAAUGACCAGAAUUAGGACAAGAGAAGUAGGCAUGAAAUGCUUGAUCAUAAAUAUCAGGCCUCCAGGGAGAAUGAAAGCUUCUGUUUUUAAUAAAAGAACAGUCUUUUUUUUUAUUAUUAUGAUUUUAUUUUAUUUUUUUCUAUAGUACCAUCCGACUCUAAAAGGGCUCAUUUCUGCUUCAGCAGAGACACGACUGGAGCUACUUGAAACUCAUGGACAUUGUUGUCAUUAAUGCUAGUAAGCCUGUUCCUUAAGCAGUUCAACAGAAAAAAAUAUAAAUCAUCCUCAGAAAUAGUUCACAAGUUAUAUGGGUAUAUUUUUCUUGUAAAGAUAAUAUAUCUAAUUAAUCUAUACAGAAGUAUGCUUAAAAAGGUUGCAAUUCAUCAUGAUGAGUUAGUGCUUUUUUUUCAGGUUGACUCUGCACUUCAGAUGACAAAAACUGUUAAUUUGUCAGUUGGGUUCUUCAUUCAUGUGAUCCUCAAGAUUCAAUAUUUUGCCUUGUAUCUAACACAAAGUUGUAGAUAUGUCAAUUUAAUAUAUGCAAAACUACAGGAAAAUUCUUUUUUUUGCCUUAUAUUCCAUCAUAUUCCUCAGAUGGUUGAUUCAAAACAUUGGUUUGACAAGGUGACACACACUUCUAAGAGGUGAUGACUUUCAUCAUUAGGAAAUAACAUUUCUAGAGAAUUCAAGUUUCUUUAAAUGCUUUUUGUCGGUGCUGUUGUGUUCAAACUCUGAAAAGGUGUUUGUUACCCAAAAAACCAAAUCCUUUGCAGUCACCACUUACUCUUGAAAUCCUGUGUAGUCACCACUUACUCUUGAAAAGCAGUGUUGAAUUGGCCAUAAAACCAUCUCAGUUAGCUGGUCCCCAAACAGAGCAAUUACAACAAAAUGAGAAUCUGAAUCUUCUGCCUCAAUUUUAGAAUUUGAAGUCCAUAAAGUAAAUGUUUUUAAGAAGCAUCAGUAAAUCUGCUCAGAUACUGUGGGCAUAUAGAGACACUCAGCUGUUCUACUACUGCAGAAUGAACAUGAAGCUUCCAUAAGAUGGAUAAAUUUCCAAAUUUUUUUUUUUUUUUUGAGGCCUUUCUAAAUGUUGGAGGUAGCACCCAGGUUUCAAAACAAGCACCUGGGCUCUGGUUUUGCAGCAGGGAGUGGCAGGAGACAUGGAGAUCACACAAAUGGAGCCUGCAGUGCCACCACACACUUUUGGAAUGUCACAGGUGCUGUGGUGUCACCCACAAUGUACAGUUCUAACCAAGCACAUCUCAGUGCACUUCUCACAGGAGGCUGUAGCCUAAACUGAGAACUGACAUCAAAGGCUGGCCAGGAAGGAUAAAGUGUGAUGUGAAAAUCUUUGCUCUACCAGAAAGCUGGGCCAAGGCAGUGAAUGUUAAGCAAAACCCAGCGCAGACUUGGCCUUUGUCAAUGCUGCUGCCACUUUGACCAAUCCACGCCCUUAUGUUCAUUUGCACACCGCUGGUUUUAUUUAGAUGCUAUAAUAGAGGGCCAAGAAUAAAUUUAGAGCACAUUGAAGGAAACCUGGACCCACUGUGGCCAGUGGUAAUGUUGCCACUGACUUGAGCUUUAUGGAUACCACAUUUCCAGACCCUGAGACAUCCCCCUUUCUGUUCCAGAGCGUUUUACCCGCACAGCAGCUGUAGUCAUAAUGGUCUUGGCCCUUUUUCUGUCCAUCUGUGAUGUUUUUCAGAUGGAUAACUGGCUUUUUGCAUUUCACAUUCUUGUAUUUAAUUUUUAAAUUUGUGAUUCUGCAGUUUUUGGGGCAUAGACUGAAAGACAAGACAAGGUUGCAACUCGUUGCUCCAUCCCCCAGAAGCCUGGCCGAUGGAUGGUGUAUCCUUUCCACUGCAGAUAAUUGACUAUAUAUUUCCCCACAAUGUUUUUAUUGUAUUUUGCAGAGAAAAGUAAUAAAAAUAGAGGCUGUAUCACAAUCAAA